UGCGGCCACUGUCUUUCAUCUUCAACCCAACAAAAAAAAAUCAGGCUUCGAAUAUUUUGAGAAACUGAGAAAGAAAAAAUGACAGUAAAGUUGGUGGAUGCAAACAUUUCAAGCUUUGGCAGUGUGUUUGAGAAAUUCAAAGCAGAAGCACCCAAAAACAAAGUUAAUCUCAUCCUUUUCCUGGCUGAUAAUGACCCUUCUACCAAUCUCAGUUGGUGCCCAGAUUGUGUGAGAGCUGAACCUGUAAUAUUGAAGAAGCUGGAAGCAUUGCCAGAUGAUGUGGCACUUCUGCGAGCUUAUGUUGGAGAUAGACCAACAUGGAGGAAUCCCCAGCACCCAUGGCGAGUAGACUCAAGGUUCAAGCUCAAAGGAGUUCCUACAUUGAUCAGCUGGGAGAAUGAUGCCAUCAAAGGUCGCCUUGAGGACUACGAAGCUCACCUUGAACACAAGAUCAAUGCCCUUGUUUCUGGGAAUUAACUUGGCAUUAUUCCAGCUUAUGAGAUGGUUGGAAAUCUUAUGAUUCUUAUUAGGACUAUCCGAACAUUUACCCAAUCAAGUGUAGCUUGUUCGUCUUGCACCUAGAGCUUUCAAGUCUUUGUGAAAGCCUAAUGAAGCCCAAAAAGACAUUAAUAGCUUCUUGAUGAUAUUAUGUUCCAAGAAGUUGCCCAGAAGAAAUCAAGAAUGUCUUCUUUUUCUUUUUUA